UAGUAAAGGUGUAUGCGAAUAAUUAUACGCGAGUCGACGUGGUCAUAAGUGAGCUAACUGUCUUUGGAAGCUGAGAUUGGAACGAGUUUUGAUGCAGACUGCCGUUGUAAUCGUGUUCCAAUCCAUGCCUGUGCCGGCUGGUGGGUAAAAAUAACAUUUUUUGUUCCAUUGCCAUUGGCAUUGGUGGAUCUACGAACGUUCUCUGUGAACAUUUCGGUUGGAUCAGUGAACUGGUCUGUUACGCUCUGUCCAGCUCGUGGAUAAAUCCCGUUCUACUGCUGGGUGCGCGGUGCUCGCUCUUGCCUGAAACUGAAAUGGCGAACCCUCACGCGUACAGGGUUCAGACUGUCAUUCUACGUUAUUCCUAAUCCAAUCUUCAUCCCGCCUUAGAUCUACCGAUGCCUUGGAGUUCACGUGCAUAAUUACGUAGACGCAAGGAAUGCCACAAGUACAAGUGAACCCGGCCUGGUCGGAGUGGUGUCAUUCUUCGCAUUCGUACGAAACCUCGUCAUUUGUUUUGCGUCUCGUGGAUUUACGUUCUCAACACGAACCGUCGAACACCAUAGUCAGUACUAGGAAGCACUGCACAUUCAUGUAUUAUUUGCCAGAACUGAGCGUUCUCUGGUAGUCUACAUGCAAUCCAUGCAUUUAUCCUAUAUCUAGCGGUUCAUUCACCUUUUAAUUGUUUUUUUGUUGUUAUCCCUGACCCACAUGUGCACAGUAAACAUUAAUGAGAUUAUUAUAAAGAUUAGAGACCUUGCGCAUCCUGGGACGAAUGCUGUACCCGACGGUAUUGCGCAUGAAAUUGUUGCGGCUAAACUGCGUUAAAACUCUAAUCCAGUCACUGCGGCUUGAUCGUCAUUUCACUACGUAUUGGAAGGCGGCACACGGCGCUUGGCACCCGUAGCUUGAAGAUCAGAGUCACAGUGUACACUCUUGGGGUUAUAAACCCUUUGAUAUCAUCAAGAGCUGGUGUGGAACUCAACCAUCUCGGCCCGCAGCCGUUCGAUUUUUUCAUUAAGUUGACUUGCACCAGUCUUGCCCGGCCAUUUGGCUGGUGCCAUCAUGCCGCGUAGCCAGAGAUCAGUCCUGAGCCUGAUAAACUUACACAGUAUCAACAUGGCAAGCAUAGAAAGCACUUGCCGUAUUUUCCGGAGGGUACAUGUAAGCCGCAGCCAGAUUUUUGUCACAAAGUACACACUGAGACAUCUGUCCCGUUUAUCACCAUUAAUUUGACCAUGGUUGAUAACUGAUGUCAACUUCAUUCUCCCUAAUUUGACCAUCGUAGCAAAAGGCGCACCGGCUUUUUUGGGUGAAUUGCUGGUUUUUAAAGUGCAGCUUAUAACCCGGAAAAUAUGGUAAUCAUACUUCAACCAGAAAAUGACGCUAUAAACCAUCUCGGGUUUUGCCAGGCUUCAGUGACCGUGACAGCAUGGACAAGCGCUUGACAAUGGAGCAGGUGCGCAAGCUUCAGUCGCAGCUUGCUGCUGAAGAGAUGAAGCUGACGAUUAUGAAACAGAUGCGGCAGAGCCAGCGGACUGAUCCCCGGGAAGAUUUCCCUGGCGGCAAGUCAGCGUCACAGUCUCAGCAACACCAACAGGAGAUGGGACAGUUGGAGCAACACCAGCAAGAAAUCGGGGGCCAUUCCAGUGGUUCGUUGUCGCGUCAGCGCCACGAUCAGUUGCAGCCGGCUCCACCUCCGCUGCAGCCAACUUAUCGCUCUUCCACAGCACAGCGUUCGUAUCAAUCGUCGCCACCGUCAUCCAAAGUAGCUAGCACUGCAGUACACGAGUAUUCAUCAUCUUCACGCCAUCAUCAUCAUCAGCAAAUGCAACCUAGGUCUGCCACACAUGCACCAUACCCAUCCCAGUCAACGACGUAUCCACGCCAUCAUGACCGCUAUCGCCAAUCACCGUCAUCUAGUCGCCAACGCUACAACGACCCCACGGCGAGGAUGGACUAUGCUGCACAUGAUGCGCGCUUGCCACAGUCGGAUCGUGGACGGUCCGUGUCACAACCGGACCUCUCCAGUGAGCAAGCUAUGGAUUGUGUUCCGCCGCCGCCGCUGCUGCAGCAUGUACACAGAGCAGGAGGACGGCGUGUUGAGUCGAGUGGUAGUCACUCUGCACCUCUGCCGUCAAUGGAUGCACCGCCUUCUCUACUGCCUUCUAGUCAGGUACCAAUGGAGCGAGACCACCAUCUUCACGGCCAGACCAGCAGCCAGAUGGGUGGUGCACCCUCCUUGAAACAGCAACAGCACGACAGCAUCAGAGAUAUGCCUUCCUACCACCAUCGCCAGUCACCAAACUCACUGUCCAGGGGCCGAAGCAAUCAAGUGGCGAAGAGCCACCAUCAGCACGUGCCUGCAGCGCACAGUCGCGUGGACUAUGCAAACCAGCGACCAUCCACGUACAGGCCUGGCGAUGCAAGAGACAUGCGCGCACAUGCUCUGCCCGUCAAUGCAUCUGCACCUGAUGCGCCUCAAGGUGGCACGUGGCACCAAGUAGCAAAGCGGAUGGGGCAACUAAUAGAGGACCGGGAGCAGUAUAUCCGGCGGGGUCACAUUCCCAACAAGCCUCCGCAGUACACGUGGUCCCUCGUGCCGACUGCUGCCCCCGCGACUAUUCUUGGCUUGAUUGGCAUGGAUGAAUGUGUACGAAGAGUGGAACUGGCCAUGGCCAACCUGCCCCCGCCGGAUCCAGAGAGGCUAGCGCAGACCCACCGGCCUGUGUGUGCACACUGCAAGGCGGACUUUGCCCAGUUCUGGCGUUCGUUUGAGGAAGACAACAAGAUGGUGAUUGUGUGCGAAAACUGUGACUGGGCCCGGGUUAAGCGGCCCUUUGUAAUGCAGCACACCGCCCGACUGAAGGAGAGUUUACACAAGGUAGAUGCCAUAAAUGAGGAGAUGGAAGAGUUGCAAGUCAAAAGCGGUGUCACUCUCGUCAAGAUGGAUCAGGGACCAGGUCGGUAGCCCUUUCUCAAAGUUACCCAGCUACUGUCACUGCUCUAUGGACUAUAUGUUAGCCACCGUUGAAGCCAUUUGGUCCAUAGCAGUUCUGUACGUUUUUUAAAGAUCGCCUUUUUGGUACUUCAAAGUACUGGUACAGUGUUUGUGCCACACCUUGUCUGUUGGCAGCAAGGAUGCAAGGGUCGUCUUGUGUGUGUGUGUGCGCGUGUGUGUGUGUGUGUGCGUGCAUGUACGCUGGUGUGAUAUUUAUGCAUCGGAAAUCUAGCAAGCAGCUGCCGUGGCUACCGGUCAAGCUGGAAAGUGUGUAUUGAGUUGCAAAUCUAUUCUUCUUUAACAUCCGAAAGCUAUAGAUUCUGCUAUUUAGAGGUCGCUUUGAGCAUACGCACAACCGAAUGUUCUAACGUCAUGUUUGAAAUAAUGAGAGCUGGUUUACGCUCAGCUGUACUGCCGUGUAUAGUACUGUAUACCUAUCAUACUUGUUGUACAAGUAUAUGAUUGUACUCUUUUUUAUCAGUCAUUGACUUUUGCUGGGUCUGUUCAACAUUUUAAAACAUUCAUGUCUCAUCAUGUUUGUACAAUUACUUCGAAAUAUAAA